GACUCCAUUUCCCAGCGGCCCCCGCGGCGGGGGGUUGCGGUGGCGCGGCUGCCAUGGCGGCCUGGGCGCGGGCGGUGCGGGCGGUGCUGCUGGACGUCAGCGGGGUGCUCUACGACAGCGGCGGCGACGGCGGCGUGCCCAUCGCCGGCUCGGCCCAGGCCGUGCGCAGGAUCAAAGCGUCUAGUCUGAAGCUGCAGUUCUGCACAAAUGAAACACAAGCAACCCGGGAGAAGUUUGUGAAGAAGCUUCAGGGCUUAGGCUUUGACAUCUCAGUGGACGAAGUCACCGCCCCAGCGCCAGCAGCCUGUCGUGUGUUGAAGGAGCGCAGCCUGAGGCCACACUUGCUCGUACAUGACGAUGUUGUCCCUGAAUUUGCUGAGAUUGACAAAGCAAACCCAAACUGCGUAGUAAUUGGAGAUGCAGCAGACAACUUCUCCUAUGCAAAUCUUAAUGAAGCUUUCAGGGUUCUGAUUGGGUUGGAGAAUCCUGUUUUGAUAUCUCUUGGAAGAGGACGCUAUUAUAAAGAAACCGAUGGUCUGAAACUUGAUGUUGGAGCAUAUAUGAAGGCAUUAGAGUAUGCUUGUGAUAUUCAAGCUGAGGUGGUGGGAAAACCAGCAAAAAUGUUUUUUGAGUCAGCCUUAGCAGAACUGGGAGUUCAGCCACAGCAGGCCAUCAUGAUUGGAGAUGAUAUUGUGAAUGAUGUAGGAGGCGCCCAGCAGUGCGGUAUGCGAGCUCUGCAAGUACGGACAGGGAAGUACAGGCCCAGCGAUGAAAACCACCCCCAGGUGAAGCCCGACGCCUACGUGAACAACCUCGCCGAGGCGGUCGAGCUGCUUCUGCAGGAGCUGCGCGAGUGACGGGCUGACGGCGUGGUGCUGCGGCCCCGCGCACCGGCCCCCUCGGCCGCUCCGCACUCACCCGCCUCCUCCAGCGCCUCGUGACGGAGCGACGGGCGGCCCUUCCCGGGGUGGAAAACACCGCGGCUCUCGCCGUUUCCCAUACGGGGACUAAAAUCAGACACUAACCUUAGCAAAGGGAGGCCCAAACUCGGGGUCUUCCAUGCCCUUCCCCAGUUUUUGUCGCCCGGGUAUCAUACAGCCGGCAGAAGAAGAGCAGCGUGGGGCAGCACGGGGUGCCUGCAGCCUGCCCCUGCUCGGGGUUACGGCACUAAGCUCACCGGCGUGAACAGAGCUAGCUCUCACAUGAAAAGUCCUGUGCUUGCAGCUGAGGAACCUGCGUCGUGGCUGUUCCUGCUUAGGAUGGCGUGAAAACGUGGAAAGCGCCGUGAGAAACGGCAUGCACGUGCCGUGCAGGGCCGGGGCGGGCCGGCGCUGCCCUUCCCGCUCACCAGCCCGGCUCGCCGCAGCCCCGCUCGGCACUCCGGGGCCUCCCGUAACGCUGGGGCCCUUCGGAAGACCCUACCGAGGGGCCCGCACGUCGCUCCGACCCGUAACUGUGUUCCUCCCAGGGAUCGCCGGGGUAGCUAAUAAACACAGUGCUGCGAGCGUG